CACUUUGCUAGACGUUCGAAUGUAAGUAUAAGGUUGGCAAAAAGUUGUGGGACCAAAAUUUGUUUUCUGUGCAUGGAUGGAAAGCCAAUGCGCAGGGGUACCAGCGCACGCCCAGACAACACYGGAAUGGACAUCACCGCACGCUGCACACUGGGUGAUCCCAACAAGCUCCCAGAGGGUGUGCCCCAGCCAGCACGCAUGCCCUACGUGUCCGACAAGCACCCUCGCCAGACAUUAGAGGUCAUCAAUCUGCUACGCAAGCACAGAGAACUGUGUGAUGUCGUGUUGGUGGUCGGCGCCAAAAAGAUCUAUGCCCACAGAGUGAUCCUUUCGGCCUGCAGCCCUUACUUCAGGGCCAUGUUCACAGGCGAGCUGGCCGAGAGCCGUCAGACAGAGGUUGUGAUCCGGGACAUUGAUGAGCGGGCCAUGGAGCUGCUCAUUGACUUUGCCUACACUUCGCAGGUUACCGUUGAGGAGGGCAAUGUGCAGACAUUGCUGCCCGCCGCUUGUCUGUUACAGCUGGCCGAGAUUCAGGAGGCUUGCUGCGAGUUCCUCAAGCGCCAGUUGGACCCCUCAAAUUGCCUGGGUAUCCGUGCCUUUGCUGACACCCACUCCUGCCGCGAGCUGCUGCGGAUAGCUGACAAGUUUACACAGCACAACUUUCAAGAGGUGAUGGAGAGUGAGGAGUUCAUGCUGCUUCCAGCCAACCAGCUAAUAGAUAUAAUCUCCAGUGACGAACUGAAUGUGCGAAGUGAGGAGCAGGUUUUCAAUGCAGUCAUGGCCUGGGUCAAGUACAGCAUUCAGGAGCGCCGGCCACAGCUGCCACAGGUCCUCCAGCAUGUUCGUCUUCCUCUUCUGAGCCCAAAAUUCCUGGUGGGAACGGUAGGAUCAGACCCUCUCAUCAAAAGUGAUGAGGAGUGCAGAGACCUGGUUGAUGAGGCAAAGAAUUACCUGCUCUUGCCCCAAGAGCGCCCUCUAAUGCAAGGGCCAAGAACACGCCCUCGGAAGCCCAUCCGGUGUGGAGAAGUGCUGUUUGCAGUUGGCGGGUGGUGCAGUGGGGAUGCCAUCUCCAGUGUGGAACGAUAUGACCCACAGACCAACGAGUGGCGCAUGGUGGCUUCCAUGAGUAAGAGGCGCUGUGGAGUGGGUGUCAGCGUCCUUGACGAUCUUCUCUAUGCUGUUGGCGGCCAUGACGGGUCCUCGUAUCUCAACAGUGUGGAGAGGUAUGACCCCAAGACAAAUCAGUGGAGUAGUGAUGUAGCUCCCACAAGCACGUGCAGGACCAGUGUGGGUGUGGCUGUCCUGGGAGGGUAUCUGUAUGCAGUAGGGGGCCAAGAUGGAGUAUCCUGCCUCAACAUUGUUGAAAGAUAUGACCCCAAGGAGAACAAAUGGACGCGCGUGGCCUCGAUGAGCACCAGGCGCCUGGGUGUAGCCGUGGCUGUACUGGGGGGCUUCCUCUAUGCAGUGGGAGGUUCAGACGGCACGUCCCCUCUCAAUACAGUAGAGAGGUACAACCCCCAGGAGAACCGCUGGCACACCGUCUCUCCCAUGGGCACCAGGAGAAAACACUUGGGCUGUGCAGUGUACCAGGACAUGAUCUACUCCGUAGGAGGCCGGGACGACACCACCGAGCUGAGCAGUGCCGAGCGCUACAACCCCAGGACCAACCAGUGGUCACCUGUUGUAGCCAUGACUUCAAGACGUAGUGGGGUUGGACUAGCAGUGGUAAAUGGCCAGUUAAUGGCUGUGGGUGGCUUUGACGGGACAACGUAUCUUAAAACAAUAGAGGUCUAUGAUCCUGACGCUAACACAUGGAGGCUCUAUGGUGGAAUGAACUAUAGGCGACUUGGAGGAGGGGUUGGUGUUAUCAAAAUGACUCACUGUGAAUCACACAUAUGGUAGCACCUCCAAGUCAAAGGCCUCACCGUCGCAUGUGCCUCCRAAAGAAACAUUGUUUAUCAUGCAAGGAACGAAGUCUAUAUUAACUGUAACACAGCCAUGUUAUUGGCAAGCCAAGGAAAUGUCUUGUGACUACAAGCUUUACUGUUCCUGUGUCAAGUCUGGAAGGCUUAUCUAGGAGCCUACGGUUCAUCUCUCUUCUGUACUUCCUGUAUUAUGACUUGACAAGGCCAAGAGGAACCAACUCUGAAUAGAUCAAUGACAUGAGCUAUUGUUUGACAUCAUGGGGGGAAAACCCUUCAUUUCCUCUUUUUCGGUUACUGAAAUGGAAUACUGCAGCCGCACUUUAAGAUACAGUUCAGAUUUUUGCUGUGGUACCAGUUAUACUAUACCGUUUAGUUUCCAUGAAGAAGAAUCUUCAAAGAGAACUGAAGGUGCAAGAUGUGGUCUCACUGCUUCCCUUGAUCCUCGUUGUGAAAAGUGGAUGAACUUGUUAGGCAGUUUAAAUCUCUAAAUUAAAUGCACUGUGAAUUUUUUGUUUGUUGCUGUUUUUAUUAGUUUGACACACUGAGCAUAACCUGGAUUUCUACGUUCACAACUGGGGUCAAUUGUUGGUACGGUGGCACUUACACAAUAUUACAACAGUUUCAUACAAGAUUGUUGCCCAUUUAAGACUGGACAGGGGAUAUACAUUUUKUGGAGCAACUUUUUUUUUUACAUUGACACAUUUCUGAGACAAGUCUUGCACUUUAAUCUAUUAUAGAUUCUUCUUGAGGAAUUAGUUGCAUUGCGGUUCAUCUAAGACACAGUAAGGAAUAAUGAACUGGUUGAUAUUAUGCACCUCUUAAUUGGUGACCAUGCAAAACAGAUGGACAUUCAGUAAUAUCCUUAGACUUUUUUAAAUUAUGUAAAUCCUGAUGAAUCUCAUGUUACCAUUUGUCACUGCUAUUGAGCAAAAUAUACAAUCAUGUGUUUUGCUGAAACUCAACCCCUGUAAAUAUGUUAUCACCCAAAUGUGUCAGAUUAUGCAAGUGUUCACAAGUAAUUAUUAGCCUGAUCACCAAAUAUUUUUUUUAAUGAAUGUGUCCCUUUGGCUGUGUUCAGCCAGCCCAAUUCUGAUCAUUUUCCCCCCUACUAAUUGGUCUUUUGACCAAUCACAUCAGAUAUGUUUAAGAGCUAACCAGUGGCUGCAUCUACACAGGCAGCCCAAUUGUUUUCCACAAAUUGGUCAGCUGUGAAAAGCUCCGCCUGGAAAAAAUAUCAGAA